AAACAUGAUUUUUUAAAACUUUCGCGUUUUUAUUGUUUUUGGAAAUUGAUAAGUAAUAGACAUUAUUUGAAAUGUUACACUUUUAUUAUGGACGAUGUGUUUCUGAAAUGAUUCAUACUGCAUUUAUAUCAAGUUUCACGAGAAUGAAUUCGCAGAAAUUAAGCAAUUAAAACAAUGUUACAAACAAUGAGAUGAAAUCUUUGUCUAUUUCAAAUUCAGCUAUUCCAGUUUUGUGUGUUGAUAACUAUUACUCGCGAUAACAUCAUUGCGACGAGCUUUCACUUCUGGAAAACCCAGAUCAUCUUAAGAUAUCGUCGGUUCAGAACAUAAUGCAUGAAUAAUAAGGAAAUAAAAGUUUUAUUAAAAAUAACAAUUUUUCUGGGAAGAUUUCCUUAACUCAAUAUCCAAAAGGAAAGAUUACUUUAUCAGAAAAUGUAGUAUUCAUCAAACAUGAUGGUAAUGAAAAUAUAAAAUUCAUAUUAUGAUACUUCUAUCAUAGAAAAAAAGAUAGCGAAGAGAUAUUUCUUUUGAACGGCAUUUGAAUUUCGAGGAAAAUGCCAAUACUUUCAAAUUUAUCUCAUCGUUUUCAUAUGUUAACAACCGAUGCGAAACCUGAUCCACCACGAAUACCGAUCGAAGGAUAUACUCACAAUUUAGAUCCAAAUACAGUAAACGGUGAUGAAACGAAAACGACCAAAUUCGAAUCUGUUCCAAUUACUACAGAACCGCAAUUGGAAUUAAAGAACGUAACGUCCCCCGAAAAAGACGACGCAGUACCUAUUACGAACGCCAAGUCUUCUACCGAAAAACAAGAUCUGAAUGAUACGAAAGCUUCCCAAGAUGAUGCAAAAGAACGUAGAAAACCGAAUAUUAAAACGAAAACAAAAUCGAAACAACGCAAACAUUCACAAGGAACACAUGUAGUGAAUUACAAUAUAAUUAAUUCAAACGGUGUAAAAAUUGGCUCUAAAACUAGUUACAUUUGUAAUAUUAAUCAACUUGCUAAGAAUAAUUCUGAUGCAUCAGAAGAAACAUGGACAAAAAAUAUUCGACAAAUGCCAGCAGAAGUAGAACGUUUACGUGCUUGUACUGACGAAAUUAAUUUAGAUGAUAUGUUUAUAAUUAAAACUUAUAUUGGACAUGGUUGGAAAGACGUUGCUAGAAAAUUGUUAUAUUCGGACGGUCAAAUUGAACAAUUCGAAGAAAAUUACAAAUUUAGGGGCAUAAGUGAAGUAAUUUAUCAAAUAUUUCUGGACUGGAAACAAGCUAAUACAAAAAAUGCAGAUAUUGGUAAUUUGAUAAACAUCUUAUGGAUUUGUAAAGAAUAUGAUUGUGCAAUACGAUUAGCUUCUGCUCGCAGCCAAUCGACAUAACGCUUUUUAACUGUAUCUUUAUAACAAUAUAUCUUUGAACAAUUUAUCUUUUAAUCGAAUAUAUUCCACAAGUAAUUAUCAUAUUUAUUAGUCAGAAACGAAAAUUAUUUUUAAUUGUAUCCAACUUAUAUUAAUUAUAAUAACUAGAGUAAAAAGUUAACUGUUGUUUCUAUCUGUAAUGUAUAUUGUAUUAAAGAGUCGUUUUAAUAAAUAAAUUCUAAUGAAUAUAAUAUAA